CUGAAAAACAAGAUAUAAAGCCCUAAUGACUGACCAACACUCAAUUGGAAGGGAGGGGCAGAAGUCAGAGAAUGUAUAAAUCCUGUCCAACAGCCUUCAACCUGUUGUUUUUCCACAAAGAAGCAGAGGUGUGUUCAUGUGAAGAGACUGGAGCACAGUAAACAGUAGUUCUUGCAGCUGAACUACAGUGAAUUAAUACACCAGACACAGGAUUAUCUGGGUCCUUUUUCAAAACAACUAUGGGUCAGUUAUUCUCUGCUCAGAAUGAAGACCAUGGAGAUUCAGAGACCAACUUCACUGCAUAUUUUAAGAAGAUUAAGAAAGAAAACAAAAUAAUUCCUGAGGAAACCAUCCAUUUAAUAGAAUUUCAUCUGAAAAAAGGAAACAUUCUGGGGGCAAACUCUGUAAUCAGUGAUGCUCUGAAAAAUAUUGAUAAGGCCCCAAUAAACAUUGCUGUGACCGGAGAGUCUGGAGCAGGGAAAUCCAGCUUCAUCAAUGCCCUGAGGGGGAUUGGACCUGAAGACAAAGGUGCAGCUGAAAUUGGGGUAGUAGAGACAACCAUGAAGAUAACUAAAUACGAACACCCCAAAAUUAAAACUUUGGCUUUAUGGGACCUGCCUGGCAUUGGAACUAUGAAAUUCCCACCAAAAGAGUAUCUGGAGAAAGUAGAAUUCCAAAAAUAUGACUUCUUCAUUAUUGUUUCUGCCACACGUUUUACACGUCUUGAACUAGACCUUGCCAAAGCAAUCCAAUCUAUGAAAAAGAAUUACUACAUGGUGAGAACUAAGGUGGAUGAGGAUUUAAAAAAUGAACAAAAAUCCAAACCACGUACCUUUGACAGAGAAACGAUCCUGGAGAAGAUCCGAAGCUACUAUGUGGGUAGCUUUAGAGAGAAUAACAUGAAUGCACCACAGAUUUUCUUGAUCUCUAACCAUUAUUUAUCUGACUAUGAUUUUCCAGUCCUGAUGGACACCCUGAUAAAGAAUCUUCCUGCUCAAAAGCGCCACAAUUUUACACUUUCCAUGACUAAUAUUACAGAGGCAGCCAUUGACAGAAAGCGCGAGUCCAUGCAGCAGACUAUCUGGUUGGAAGCCUUCAAGGAUGGAUUUUUGUUUACUGCUCCUGCAGUGGGCAUCCUCAGAGAUAAUAUGAAAAAUCAGACAGCAAGUUUAAACAACUAUCGUGUCCUCUUUGGAGUGGAUGAUGAAUCCCUGGAAUCCAUGGCAAAGGAUUCCCAAGUUCCUGUUGAACAACUGAAAAAAAUCAUUAAAUCUCCUUAUUUGUUGGAAAUUAAGAAAGAAGAAACCUUAGGAGAGACAUUUUUGAAAUAUUUGGAGAAAUUUGCCUCAGCUAAUGGUGGGCUCCUUGCUACAGGUCUUUACUUUAGGAAAACCUUUUACUUGCAUCAUAUCUUCCUUGACAAUGUGACUGAUGAUGCCAAAGUUCUCCUUAGAGAGAUAUACUCAAAAAAAGUAGAUUAAGCUCACCUCACCCUUGGUGGAGUGAUGGUGGUACAUGCCUUUAAUCCCAGCACUCAGAGGGCAGAGGGAGGCAGAUCUCUGUGUGUUUGAUGCCAGCUUGGUCUACCGAGCAAGUUCCAGGACAGGCUUCAAAACAAUACAAAGAAACCCUGUCUGAGAAAAAAAAUCAAAACAAAAAAAUAACCUCACCCACAGCUACUGACCAUGACAAUAUCAAUUGGUUAAUACCAGGAAUCACUAGAUAAAUUUCCCCCUCUGAUAUAUUUUUUUACACUAGCAAAUUCACUUCCACCAGAGGAAAACAUAAAGAUAAGAACCAUGUAAUAGGGGAUGUCCUUAUGUAUAUAUGUUUAUCUUAUUGGUUGAUGAAUAAAACACUGUUUUGCCAAUACAAGCAGGAAGAUAGAUGGGGCUCAGAGAUGAGGAGUAUUCUGGGAAGAGAGGCAGAAAGGUGCCACAAGGAUAUGCCAUGUAGACACUGGGAGUUUAGGAAGAGCCAGGUAUUCUCUGGUAAGAUACGAGCAUGUAGAAAUAUAUAGAAUAGUAGUUAAAGGUUAAUAAUCAAGACAGAGCUAUCCAAUAAGAAUCACUAGCUAUGGACCAACAAUUUUAUAAUUAAUAAUAGCAUCUGUGAGUUUAUUUGGGGCAAAGAGGUUAUGGGACCAGGCUAGAAAGAAACCCCAGCAACAACCAUGAUUCUUAAUAUAUAAGAGUUGGACAUCCCCAACACUUCUUCACCUCUCUACCUCCCUCUCUUUCUUUCAAAACUACUUGCAUCCCUGGGAACACACACACACACACACACACACACACACACACACACACAAGAUAUGAAUAGGUUUUGUAGCUAUUUCUUCCCAAUCAAACAUUGCAAUGAAAAUCCAGGAAGUUGGAGGCUCUAUGCUUGCCUUACUUGCCAUGCAUGUAUGAGGACCAGAGUUCAAUUUCCAGAACCCACAUAAAUGAUGAGUUGGUGUUGCAACCACCUCGUCCUUCCACACUCAGAAGGCAUGAAAGUGACACCAUGGAGCAAGCUGGCUUCCUAGAAGGUGUAGAUCUACAAGCUCUGGAUUCUGAAAGGCUGCCAUGCUGACAAAGGAAGAAAGCAACAGAGGUGAAGGUGCAACCUAAAUCUGACAUGUCAACACACAUGUAAAUAUGUACUCGCCACGCAGAAAUGCAUGUUAAAUAUAAAACAAAUAAUACUCAGGAAGUAAAUAAAAAAUCAUAAGUCUUAGGAAGUACAGGAACAUAAUAGGUUCAUGAAGCUCUCCUCAAGAUUAUAUAAGCAAAAAGCAUUAUGCAGGAAUGGGAUUUCAGAACAGCUGAGGUGUCUGUAAAUCAUGCAGGGGCUCCAUGGCUGCUGCUGUGGUGAGUCAUUGCCUUGCUGAGGAGGGCUUUUCAGUGAUGAAACUGCCUCUGAAUGAUCCAUCCUAAUAAAUUCACUCAUUUGCUAAGAUACACUCAGAAUACUUUUUUAUGCUGGAGUUGAAGUAUGUCGUCUGGGCGUCUACUUAAGGACAUAGAAGAAGGAAGCUUUUGCUCAUUACCUGCUUGCCCUCCUCUUGCUAGCACAUCCAUUCCUUCACUGGCAUUGGAAUCUACUUUUGGAUUCCAGCCUAUACAGACUAUCAGCUAAGACAUACAGCCUUGUGGGACUGAACAAUUAGAUUCUUCAAUUUCCCAUUCACAGAAGGUCAUGGGUGGAGUAGCUGGACUGCAGGCUGUAAGUCAUUCCAAUAAAUCCCCUUUAUAUAGAGAGAUUCAUCCAUAAGUUCUGUGACUCUAGAGAACUUUAAUGAAUACAAUAAGUUAUGUUGUCUUCUUGAAUGAGCAUUACAGACUCAUUGCUGCAUACAGUAAUUCCAGGAAAACUUCUUAAGCACAAAUAAAAUAGGAGAAUUCAGUAUAGUGUUUUCAGACAUCCUCAAAAUUGCUUCCCUCACUCCCUCCUCCGCCCUGAUAUUCACUUUUUCCUCUUCAUAUCACCUGUCUUCUGCUGAUCCCCUUUGUAUACGAUUUCUGUAGAGAAAUAGAAUCAAUGGAGUAAAUAUAUUUAUAAUAUAUGCAUAAUAAGAAUACAAUAUUAAGACAACUUACAUUGAAAUAGUAUCCACACAUGAGCUUCAUCUGAGAGGCUGAGAACCUGUUGUUUAUCCAUUAAGGAGAAUGCCUUAGCAGUUAGGCCAGUCCCACAUGGACUAUCCCUCACUAGGCAGGCCAAGGACACUGUAGUUGCUCAGGCCACAAGGCUGGGUACCUUUGCAUUACAAACUGGCACAGAAAGCCUGUAAACUUCCUGGUGAAUCUCUAAUCCAGAGUCAGAUUCCUGAAAUGCUUGUUCUGAUAUCAGUGAAGAAACCAGCAUCAGAGACAGGGUAAAUCAACCCACAGUUAGAAGGAAUGUCAAACCAGCACAGGGCAAGUGAUCAUUCCCUGACUUACUCUUGGCAUCUGGGUGGGUCUUUAAACAUCCAUUAAAGCAACCAGGAUACUUCUGGUGAGGCUUCAUAUCAAAUGAGUCUAGUUUGUAGCCAGGUGACAUUAAAAUCAACCAGAACACCCUCCAUUAAGAUCUAUCUUCCCUUUCUACAGUAACCCAGUUCCAGUUUCCUGGCUUCCAUGUUGUCCAAUUGAAAGACUCAAAUCAAAAGUUUCAGUGCUGGGAUCUAUAUAUGAGAAAGAAUAUGUGGUGUUAGUCUUUCGGGGUUUGAGAAACAUCACAUAAUAUAUUUUCAAGAUGCCUCCAUUGAUCUGAAGUUGUUGUGAUUUUAUUUUCCUGUACAGAUGAUUAAAUUCUACUGUGUAUAUGUGUCAUGUU